GAAAAGAUUUGCCCGCCCGAUAUCACACGAGCUUGUAACAACUCCGCCGACUUAGUUACAAUUUCCGGUCCGGCUGAUUCUAUACACAAGUUCGUACAAAUACUAAAGAGUAAGAAUAUCUUCGUUAAAAUGGUAAACAGUUCCGGCUGCGCCCUCCACACCAAAUACAUCGCACCAGCAGGACCUAAGUUACACGCUUUACUCGAGAAAAUCAUACCAAGUCCCAAGCAGAGGUCGGCUAAAUGGAUCUCUACCUCCGUACCAGAAUCCGCAUGGGAUAGUCCGCUCGCGCAGCUCAACUCCGCCGAGUAUUGUGUAAACAAUAUGAUGUCACCUGUGCUCUUCAAAGAGGCGAUCGCUCAUAUCCCAGAAAACGCGAUAACGAUUGAGAUCGCACCGCACGGUUUGCUACAGACAAUCUUACGUGGAUCAUUACCACCAACGGUGACCAAUAUCAGCCUUCACAAGCGGGAUCAUUUGGACAAUCUUACCUUCCUGCUGUCUAACGUGGGAAAGUUAUACAUGGCCGGUGCGCAACCUAACAUUGCCAAAUUGUAUCCGCCGAUUAGUUUCCCCGUCGGUCGCGGAACACCAAUGAUCGGGUCCUUGGUCAGGUGGGAUCACUCCGUCCCGUGGGAUGUGCCUCAUUUCAAACAGAUAUCAGACCAUUCGGGAGAAUGUAUUGUCCAAAUAGACUUGUCAAAUGAAAUGGAUACGUAUCUAGCAGGACACCAGAUAGACGGACGAGUGAUUUUUCCAGUUGCUGGUUAUAUUUUAAUGGUGUGGAAAAUUUUGGCAAAACAGCGCGGCUGCAAUUUUGAACUGUUGCCAGUAGUAUUUGAGAAAAUGCAGUUUCAUCGGGCCACCAUUAUCCCCAAGGAAGGACCGGUGAAAUUCUCGAUAACUCUUUUCAAAGGAUCGGGCGAUUUCGAGAUCUGUGAGAACGAUACGAUCGUCGCCAGCGGAAACGUUCGCGUGUCCGAAGGUAUCGACAAAGAUCACCUGAACUUACCACCUCCAGUUUUGCCUCAAUAUCAAGAGACUGUGCUGUUAAAUACCAAGGACAUUUACAAGAAACUAAGAUUGUGCGGAUACGAUUAUUGCGAUAUCUUCCAAGGAGUCAAAUCUUGCGAUAAAGAUGCCACUGCCGGUGAACUAUACUGGUUCAAUCAAUGGGUGCCGUACUUAGACAGUAUGGUUCAUAUAUCUUUGGUGACUAACAACUCUUUAUAUUUAGCGUCGCAUAUUCAGUAUGUAGCUAUCAAUCCUGUUCUUCAUAAACAACUGGUUGAAAACUUACCAGAGAACGAUGGAUUGCCAGUGUAUUGCUACAAAGACGCCAACAUUGUUAAAUCGGGUGGUAUUGAGCUCAGAAAAAUUAAAUUUUCGUUGGCGCCCCGGCGACAGGAUCAUGCUGAUCUUAAAUACGGGCGGUACACUUUCAUACCAUACGAAAGUUCGUACAGUCCAGGAGAGGAUGCAAUGAGAAGAAGGGUUCAUGCGCUUACUGUACUCUUGCAGAUUGUGUAUGAAAACAUAAUAACGUUGAGACUGAAGACCGUGGAAGUUGCAGGUGAACGAGCUGCGGAAGUUCUCUUGGCACCGCUUAUUUGCAAAAUUUCCGAUAACCAAUUGGGCUCGCCUAUCAUUGAUUUACAAAUCGUCACAGUUUCUGCAGAUAACUAUACGGAGAGUUUGAAGCAGAUGAACGUGAACGCUGACAUCGUAACGCAAGAUGUGAAUAAGGCACUUCCCGUUCAAAACGUGCACAUUGUCAUCGCGGCGGACGUUCUAUCUAAUCAGUCUUAUACCGUUCUCAAAAACUUGGUCGCUAACUUAAAACCUGGUUGUUUUAUUCUUCUGGAGGAGACCGCUGCACAACUAGAUUUGGAGACCGCGUUGAAAGACACUGAUCUCAUCUUGGCUGGAAAACAAACAGUUUCCGUAGAAAAGACUUAUUUGUUGCUGAAGAAACGACAGAAACUAAGAGAACCAAUGGUAAUUCAAAUUACAGAAAAACAUCUGUCGUGGCUGAAAGAUAUAAAAGCAGUACUGAAAAAAUGCGACAGUAUAGAUCAAGAAAUACUCCUUGUAUCCCAGGGUGAAGAAACACUUGGCUUGGUCGGACUCAUGACUUGUAUGCGACGCGAGUUAGGCAAUGCAAAUUUGCGUUAUGUCUUUAUCCAGGACCAGGAUGCCCCCACAUUUAGCAUAUUCGUACCAUUUUAUGUGGAACAAUUGGACAAAGGAUUGAUGGCAAACGUUCUGAAAGGAGGACAAUGGGGCAGUUAUCGACACUUGCCAUUGGAUCAACAGAGCAACAUGUCUUCCGUGCAAGUGAAACACGCCUAUGUAAACACAUUGACAAGAGGAGACCUCAGCAGCUUGAGAUGGAUCGAAAGUCCCUUAAAGUACUAUCGUCCCGAUAAUUUUCCCACUAUGAAACUUUGUAGCGUUUACUAUGCUUCACUGAGCUCCAGGGAUAUCAUAUUGGCGAGUGGAAAGAUGUCCCUGGAUAUUCUGCCGAGGAAUAUAGCUACGGAAGAAUGUAUAUUGGGACGUGGAUUAUCGGGGAGAGACGCUGACGGUCAUCGCGUGAUGGGUAUAGUCGAAGUUGGAGGACUGGCGACUACAGUGGUUGCAGAUCUCGAUUUCCUUUGGGAAGUACCCGACAAGUGGACGUUGGCACAGGCAGCAACGAUACCUAUCGCUUACGUGACUAGUUACUAUGCUUUGUUUAUACGAGGUCAAUUGACAGCGGGCGAAAGCAUAUUAGUUCACGAUGGUACAAGCGGCGUCGGUCAAGCAGCGAUUGCCAUUGCUCUGCACGCUGGUUGUACCGUCUUCACUACCGUUGACACGUUGGAUAAAAGAACAUAUCUCAAGAGAAUCUUUCCGCAGUUGAACGACAAGCACAUUGGCACUUCCCAAGAUACCAGUUUCGAACAGCUCAUAGAUUUUGAGACUCAAGGACGUGGAGUGGAUGUCGUGUUGAAUUCACUGACAGAUGCGAAAUUACAAGCUGGCAUCCGGUGUCUCGCGUUCGGUGGCCGUUUCUUUGACAUCAGCAUGCAUGAUAUAUCGAAAGACAACCGCGUGAGCAUAUCAACGUUAAUAAAAUAUACUUACCAUAGUAUAUUGUUGGAUAUGGUAUUUCAAGAAAAUAAAGCGCAAAAGAAUAAACUGAUCAAAUUUUUUUCGGAGGGGAUAAAAAAUGGCGCGAUACGUCCGCUCCAAUGGACUGUGUUUUCGGAACAACAGCUCGAGCAAGCAUUCAGAUUUAUGGCGGCACGCAAGCAUAUUGACAAAGUGCUGUUGAACCUU